CUCAAUUUGUGGGCAGUUGCAUCUAGAGUUGUACAGUUAACGCGUAAAUAAACAAUCUCGUCAGUUUACUGUAAUAAUGUCGUCUAAAGCAAAAGUAGUCUUAGAGACUUUGGUUAUUGCUUUAAUCUAUUUCAGUGUAGUAGACUGUGACACAUGUCCAGCAGACAGCUUUGCAAACUCUUUGGCGGCUGACCAGUCUAGUUGUUCAAAAAAGUGGUUGCCGGUCAAGCAGCUUCAUUGGACGAAGAAAAAAAGAAUACUGGUAACCGGUGGUGCCGGUUUUGUUGGCUCUCAUUUAGUUGAUAAAUUAAUGCAAGAUGGUCAUGAGGUUAUAGCUUUAGACAAUUUUUUCACAGGAAAACGACAUAAUAUCGAACAUUGGAUUGGGCAUAGUAAUUUUGAACUUCUACAUCAUGAUGUUACCAAUCCUAUACAUGUGGAAGUGGAUGAAAUUUACCACUUAGCUUCACCAGCAUCACCUCAACAUUAUAUGCAUAAUCCUAUACGUACUAUUAAGGCAAACACAUUGGGUACUUUAAAUAUGUUAGGAUUAGCUCGUCGUACAAAUGCCAAAUUUUUAUUCGCUUCUACUUCAGAAAUUUAUGGCGAUCCUGAAGUUCAUCCUCAACCUGAAUCUUAUUGGGGUAAUGUAAAUCCAGUUGGACCAAGAGCUUGUUAUGAUGAAAGUAAACGACUUGGUGAAACAAUGACUUAUGCUUAUUUUAGACAUCUUAAUCUUCCUGUUAGAGUUGCCCGUAUAUUCAAUACAUAUGGACCAAGAAUGCAAGUUAAUGAUGGUCGAGUGGUAACUAAUUUCAUUGCACAAGCUUUAAACAAUGAAUCGAUUACGGUAUAUGGAUUAGGAGAACAAACUAGAUCUUUUCAGUAUAUCAGCGAUCUUGUAAAUGGUCUUGUAGCUUUAAUGGAAUCCAAUUAUACAAUGCCUGUUAAUUUGGGAAAUCCUGUCGAGUUUACAGUGAACGAAUUAGCAAUCAUGGUCAAGAAUUUUACAGACAGCAAAAGUGAUAUAAUUUAUCAACCAUUACCAAUUGAUGAUCCUCAACGAAGAAAACCUGAUAUUAGUACAGCUAUACAACAAUUGAAUUGGAAACCAACCGUAACUUUACAAGAAGGAUUAAGUAAAACUAUAAUUUAUUUUAAAGAUAUUUUAAAACCAUCAACUGAAUGUGAUAUGCAUUAGAAGGAUAACUUCAAGGAUCAAGAUUUACAUCAUGUCAUUAUACUCUACACCAUUAUGAAUGUUGAUUUCUUUUCAAAUUAAAAUUUAGUUUAUUAUGUAUCUUGAUGUAAAGUGUCUCGUUUUUUUUUUUUUUCUUUUGUAUAUUAAUUGAUAAAAAUAUAAAUAUUCUGACUGGAUGGUAUUUGUUUUAUGCGUACAUGUUCUCGAUCUACAGAAUAUGUGAAGCUUUAGUGAAGAUGACUUAGUUAUCAAGUAUGAAUAGAAUUAUUAUAGCACAUCUACUAUAAUUAAGUCUUUUUAUCGGUAAUUUUGUCAAACCCUUCAAUUAAAAGACGGUGUUAUUCGGACAGUAACAAUUUGUCUGAAUUUGUGUGAUUAUUAUUAUGUCUGUAUAAACAUGUAUACUUGAUCAUAUGUGACAGCUAACGCAGAUAUCCCUCUCUCUCUAGCUUAAAUGUUAGUUGCUUAAACAUCACUUGAUGAAUUAUUCGCUUUCCAAUGUAUAUAUACUUGAAUCCUAUUAAUUGAUUCGACUCUGAAUUCAGGUCUAUGUUCGCUUGCUCGCGCGUAUUGGUUUUUCUACUUAAAUUCACUUAGUGUUUUUGUAGCUUUGUGAUCUGCACUAUCCAAUAAUAAACUGUAGUCUGCGCUUCAUGUUGCCUUCUGAAUCCAUACACCGUUGGGAUUUACUUGAUAACAGUUAUUAAGGUGAUUAAUAUACGAAACCUAAGAAACUAUCUUGAAGCCAAGUCAUUACACUUUUAGUUUGAGCGUAUCGAGUAAUCUGUAAGUUUGAUAAAACUUGAAAAAG